UGAAACUCAUAAGAGAAGUGUUAUUUGUGGUGUGAAUAUGUACAAAAGUCACUGUGUGACUGUGUUUUGUUGAUGAAGUGAGCUGGAGCGGCGAUCUGUUACUUCCUCAACUGUUUGGUUAUUGAAAUGUUUGAAUACGCAUUUUUGAAUGUUUAAAUAAGCUUUAAGCCUCAGUCGUGGAGUCAAGAUCCUUAUAAUUCGCACUCUUGGUAUAGGGACAGUAUGUGGAGGUCUGAAUGAAAUAUGUAUUUGCCCCAAACGUUUCGUUUUGUCAGCAGCAGACGCGCUACAGCAGGUGGCAGCAGCAGCAAUACAAUUUUCAGCUCGACGGGUGUCGCUGACUGCGGUGCCGAGCUGAUCGAAAACACGGGCAUAGGGUGAAGUAAAAAGUUGAUUUUCAAAGAAAAAGUUUAAUCUUUCGGAAACUCAGGAAGUUGGAUACCUAUCUGGCAUGUUUUGUUCAAGUCAUCACCGGUUGGAACUGCUUCAGUAGUUUGUUGUUAUAAGCAGAUGAUGAUGAUGGAUGGAUGGAUCUCACUGGAAUAAAUUCAGGGGGGAAAAAACGCGCGUGCAUAUUCUAUGCCGAGCCCACCCGACACACCUGCGUAGGUAACUGACGUCUGGAGUCACUGCUGAUAUAAAUGGAGCCGCGUCGUCACAAGUCGUCAGUAACAAUGUUGAUGGUUGGCAUCGCCGUCAAGUGUAUGAGCUCCUCUGAAUGAGCUUUUGCAAAUUUUACGCUCUACACGACAUGGAAGAAAACAACGACACGUUCUUAUUUCAGAACGACAGCGGUUUAGAUCAGGAGAUCGACAAUGUGACUUUACCUGUGAAGGUUCCACUAAGUUAUCAGAUCUCCACGUCUUUGCUGAUCGGCGCGCUCAUUCUAUGUUCCAUAUUUGGAAACGCGUGUGUUGUGGCGGCUAUUGCUUUGGAAAGAUCUUUGCAAAAUGUUGCAAACUACCUGAUCGGAUCCCUUGCCGUGACGGACCUCAUGGUGUCGGUGCUUGUGUUGCCUAUGGCGGCUCUUUACCAAGUUUUAGACAAGUGGACGCUUGGACAGGUAACUUGUGAUAUUUUUAUUUCCUUAGAUAUUUUAUGUUGCACAUCUUCAAUUCUCCACCUGUGCGCUAUAGCUUUGGAUAGAUACUGGGCGAUCACCGACCCGAUAGACUACAUGAAGAAAAGGACAUUAAAACGCGCCGCUCUUUUAAUCACCGUUACCUGGUUUGUCGGCUUUUCGAUAUCAAUUCCACCCAUGCUGAUCAUGAAAUCUCAACCCAAGAGUAAAGCAGAAGACAUGGCCAAUCCUGAAGCGUGCAUGAUCAGCCACGACCCGUGGUACACUAUUUAUUCCACGUUUUGCGCGUUUUACAUCCCUCUGAUUCUCAUGCUGGUCUUGUACGGACGCAUAUUCAAAGCGGCAAGGUUUCGCAUUCGCAAAACCGUUCGAAAACCUGAGAAAAAGAGGGUGAAGUGUUUGACUGUGUCACCUGCGCUGUUCAAGCGGGCGAACGGAGAGCUGGGCAAAAACUGGAAAAGCGCAGUCGAACCCAAGCCCGCUGCGUGCGUAAACGGCGCGGUUAAGCACGCUGAGGACGGCGAGUCUCUUGAGAUCAUCGAGGUUCACAGCAAUUCCAAAAACAACCUGCCUCUGCCCAACACGCCAAACUCUGUCCCUCUGUUCGAGAACAAACACGAGAAGAACACCGAGGCGAAGAGGAAGCUCGCCCUGGCGCGGGAGCGCAAGACAGUAAAGACUCUGGGCAUUAUAAUGGGCACUUUCAUUGUGUGUUGGCUGCCAUUCUUCAUCAAAGCACUCGUGUUGCCUUUUUGUCCGUCUUGUGAUAUGCCUUUGUGGCUCAUCGACGUCAUUAAUUGGCUCGGGUAUUCAAACUCGCUUUUGAAUCCCAUCAUUUACGCGUACUUCAAUAAAGACUUUCAGAGCGCCUUCAAGAAAAUCAUUAAAUGCCAUUUUUGCAGACCGUAAACAGUAUGUCUUUUGAGUUUUAACUGUCAGAAACGCGAGUUUAACCAGUAUUGAUUGCUCAGAAAACUAUAGUGGUGUAUUUUAACAGCACUGAAAACUUGCUCUAUAAAUAUACAUGAUUGAUUUUAUAUAUCAGAUGUAUAUGCUAUGAUAUCAGGUUACAUAAUGUGUACGGAAAAUGUUUAUUUCAUGUCCAUGACAAACAAAAAUCAUGUCCAUGAUGUAAAA